CAGGCCAGCCUAUUAUUAUCCUACCCGUUAAUUUUGACCCUACGAGAUACCUUCUACCUUGCUGGCUUUUACUUUUGCCUCUCAACGUUAUCCGUUUCCGUGGUGCUGUUUCCCCUUCUCCUAGGGACACCGCGGCCGCCAGAACUGCGCGAUGACUUAGACGGGUGCUGGUCCACGGCGCUAUGACCUCGUACUUCGGUAACCUUUCGCCAGGAGGCGGGUGGUCUGCUGCAGGUCAGGAGCAGUUCUACGGCCAGAACCCCAAGUACGGCGGAUAUUGUGACGGGCAUAUCACGCAAUAUUCACCGCCAGCCGUACCCUUCGGUUCGCCACGCUAUGGCUACGGACACUUUGACGGUGUGCCUCCAAAGAGUGGGGCCUACGAUGUUCCUCAACAUCACCCUGGGCUCCUUCCACCGCACCAAUCUCCCUACAACGUUGGACCUUCUCCGUACUACAGCCCGGCGCCACCUGCGCCGCCCAGUCGACAUCCUCCCGAAUCAGUGCGAGUCACGACUUCCUCCAGUUCGGGGGCGAGAGACUUCUCGCCUAAGCCCCCGCAUCAACCUGUGUAUUCUCCAGCUGUUUUGAAUCCGCGGACACCAGUGCCUACGUCAGGUGGUAAUGGUAACAGUGCGCAGGGAACGUACGAGAGCGGACCUGAAACGCCAGAGAGUUACGCUAGCAAUGGUGGGGAUGCCAUCGGAUCGGAGGGCCAGAGCCCUCCUUUAGAUCAAGAGGACCAAUCGCCGCAGAAGGGCAACAACUUUUACCCAUGGAUGAAAUCUUAUACGGACUCCACUCAAGGACCAAAGCGGACGCGGCAGACCUACACGCGCUACCAGACUCUGGAACUUGAGAAAGAGUUCCACUUCAACAGGUACCUGACACGAAGGCGUCGAAUCGAAAUUGCGCACGCACUGGGACUUACUGAGCGACAGAUUAAAAUCUGGUUCCAAAACAGGAGGAUGAAAGCCAAGAAAGAAAACAAGCUCCAAGGUGCCCUCUUGGGUUCCAAGUCUGAGGAUGAAUUGCCAAACGCGUUACAAGACAAAAUGCUCACACCAACAGCUCUUGAUGGUGGUGCUUACAGCUGAGGAGGUGAACAGCAGGGCAGCGUUACUGAGACCCCUGUCUCUGAGGUUUCUCCUCUCUUAAAGACAAGAUACUACGCAUGCGUUCAUCGAUAUGUGAACACGUGGACGUGACUCAGGAACUACGUACUCAAAGAACAUAUUAUUGCGUCACUAUAUCCGUCCUCAACAGUGCGCUCUGCACAAUCCACCUUGUUCAACUAAUUCAGAAGGUUGCACAAAAUUUUAUUAUUUACAUUGCGAGUAUUCGUGUGACGUUGACAACGAAUAUUUGCUUUCACCAAUUGCGGACUCGUUAGACCACAUGCUAUUGUUUUGGGUUGACAAAUAUUAUUAGCGUGGAUGCAUGCUCAAUUAUAUCAUAUUUGUUCCUAUGCACGUGCUUUUCAACCACGGCAGCUGUGCUUACCUGCGUAGCAUCAACAGGGACGUUAGACAAUGAGCUCACUCAUGUUGCUACUGCCUUGUGCUCCCGCAAGGCACAUGUGCGUCUUUCCGUGCAGCACCUACAGACCGCACCGCGCCUUGACAGUCCAGUGUGUUUAAUUUAUUGCUUUCGCUUCCCGUCCUCAAGAAAGGAGUGUGCAUGGCCUUUUUUGGCUGCUUCUGGUAGAUAGCUCAUAUACGACCCCUCGCAUCCCUACUGUGUGACUUCCUUCUUUUUUCCUUUUUAGGUUAGGUUUGCCGUCCCUAGCCCAGUAUCUGGGCACCCUUCUUCGGGAGACCAUUUCUCAAUUUUUCUUCCCCAGUAUAAAGGCGAGACGACAUGUGCAUCUCCGUCAGGUGAUGGGCGUACGUGCGGCGAGUAUA